GCGCAUGCCAGCUGCCGAACGCGUCAUUUGCGGCAGGCUGCAGGUGAUUUGAGACUCCGACCCGUCGCCUCCAUCGUUUUUCCUUGACUUCCAAGACGAUGAACUUGGUAUACCCAUCCUGGUCUGGAAUGAGUUCGCAGCUAGAGCCAUGAAUACACUUCACGCACCCACCGUCCCUUCGGGGCCGACCACGGCCCCCACCGCAAACGGAAAUGCGACCCAGCUCACCAUCGCUGAGCUCCAGCGGAAGAAGGACAUGGUCGAGGGGGAGCUCAAAGCGCUCGGCGGCGUGCUUGAUUCCCACGGUGUUGACAUGAACACCAACCUUCUCACUCCGGAUGGGUUUCCUCGAGCCGAUAUUGAUGUGGCGCAAAUUCGGACUACGAGAGCACGCAUCAUCCACCUCCGAAACGACUGGAAGGAUCUGAUGGGGAUCAUCGAGAAGCGACUGCACGAGCACUUUGCGAGCCUCGAGGACGGCGAUGACGAAGUUACAGCCCCUGCUGGCGCCGACACCUCUCUCCCGAGAGACUCGGUGCCUGAGACGCCUGACCAACCCUUUGCCAAGGUCAAUUCGGUGGUGGACAACAGCCCGGCCGCGGCCGCGGGCCUCCAGCCCGGCGACCUGAUCCGCAACUUUGGCUACGUGAACGUGGAAAACCACGACGGCCUAAAGAAGGUGGCAGAAUGUGUUCAAGGAAACGAAGGGCAAAACAUCCUCGUGAAGGUGUCGAGAAGCGGUGGGGGCUCCAGGCCCCAGGAACUUCGGUUGACAUUGACACCGAGGCGCGACUGGGGUGGGAGAGGGAUGCUUGGUUGCCAUAUCCUGCCGCUCUAAGCUGAGCUGACCCGGCCGUGGUUGGUGGUUCAGCUCGCGAACAUGCUGCGAACAGGCGACAUACAGCCUGUUAGGCUCCGGCUGCUUGGGCCAAAAUCGUGGCCCUGCGGCAGCCCCCACUCCGGUCUAAGACAUGGCCUUUGGACCGCGUUCUCUGCGGGUUAUUGGGCGGAGUAGGUGAUGAAGAAUGCCUGGUAUUACGGGAGUGAGAGGACAAAGGUCCCAGAAAGAGAUCCCAAUCUUGGCCAUUGACAACUUUGACGCAUCAAUAAGGCAGCAAAAUCCUGCUAAUCAUGGAUGAGCAAUCGAUGACAACUUUGACGCAUCCACGAGCCCUUUGGGCACUGAUUGUAGCUGGUGGCAAACUUUUUUUUUUUUUUUUUUUUUUUUUU